AGGCAUAAUUUCAUAGCACCAGAACUGUCCCAGAACCUGGGGAAAAAGCUCAUCAUGCUCAUAACAGGUGGAAAGAAAAUAAUGGACAAGGAAAAAUGGCACGUACUGGUUACCAACCGAUUUCUGGAGAAGGAUCUGCAAAGCAUUGAUUUUUUGCUCAAUAUGAACAUCUUCUGCAUGUUUGACUUUGAUCCAGAUUCCAACGUGUCGGGGCUAUGCCAUGAAUACAGUAAGCACCAUGCAGUGAACCGCCAUUUCAUGCAGAACUACAAAAUUCCCAGUGGCUUAAGCAUCCGAGAAUUUGAGAGUCAUCUGCGUUUGUUUGAUCAAAUCAGCUGGAUAUUUUGCAAUGGCCGGAACGAUUUCAAAGGCAACGAGCCUCCCUGUGAUGAGAAGACCUGGGUUAAAACAAAAAGGACCCUCCUAAAAGAUUGUGUGUCACUGAUUUGCAAAGAUAUCUUACCCAAAGGAACCUUUCAUGUGAUUUUCCUCCUUACCUCACCUGUUGAUACACCUUUCCUAAACACAUUCUACGAGUUCAUCACCGACAUGGAAGGACAUGAAGACAUUAUCUGCCUUGCAGAAUCGGAGGAGAAUUUCAAGAAAUGGCAGCGCUUUGCUCUAGGAUCCUGUGACAUGGAAACAGUAAAUAGUUCAAGUGUUGUUGGGAUGACAAUAAGUCAAAUAAAUGCAACCCUCCAACAGGUCCAGCCUACCACUACACGGGCAAUGAAACGAUUACCAAUCCGUGUCAAAGGAGAGUGUUUUCUUGAUACUCGAGAGGAGGAAAUGAGAUGUUCUUUAGAGAUUCUGAGUCUAAACCACUGUGAAGAAACCAGUCCUGAAUUCAUUGAAUCUGAAAAGGAGACAAUUGAGCAGCAGUUUUACCAUGGAGGAAAAGUAACUUGGAUGAAUCUCUGGCUUGCGGAUAAAAACAUUGUCGGGGAGGUUAUUCAAAGAGAUGCUUACAGUGAAGUCAACAGUCUGGUGAAGGACUGUCUUUGUUGGAGUUUGGAUCGGGCACCCAUCAGCUGCAUCAACAUAUACCAUCAUCCGGGCAGCGGUGGUAGUACAGUGGCAAGGCAGAUACUGUGGAAUAACCGAAGAGAUCUAAGGUGUGCAGUUGUAAAACCUUCAUACUCAGCAAUGGUUGUUUCAGAAGAUGCCAUCUGGCUUCGAGAAUAUGAAGAAAAAGAUCCCCAAAAAUGCCUCCCUGUACUUCUGCUGUUUGAAGACUGUGAUCAAGAGUAUUUAGAAGAUGUCAAGCAUGAAUUGACAGUGGCUGUCAAUACCAAGAAAAUAGCACGUGGAACUCUCUGCUUCAUCCUGCUGAGUUGUAGGAGAUCUCACAAUCCAGAGAAAAUGUGCAAGGAAUCUGUUCAACAGAAUGUUUCUAUUACUCAUAAGCUUUCAGAGACAGAAAAAAAGCAGUUUUCCAAAAAACGACAAAGCCUUGAAGAACAGUUCAAGCCAGAAUUCAUUCUAACAUUUGUCCUGAUGAGUGAGGAAUUUGAGAGCCACAAAAUUGCUGAAUAUGUGAAGCAGUUUGUCAAGCAUUUACUGCAAGGCAUUGAUUACAAUUCUGUUGUUACUAAGCUUGUUCUGUAUGUGGCAUUGCUCAACACUUACGUGCAGAACUCAUUCAUCUCUCAGUCACAUUGCGAAGCUCUCCUGGCUCUUUCCUGCCAUUUGGAUAGAUUUAGACAACAUGCCUUUGAGACUUCUUUAAGUGAGCAAGCUAGAUUGGUCUUAAUACAUUUGAGAGAUGAAAACACCUACAUUACCUUGAUCAGAAUCAUUCAUCCAUUGGUUGCCAAGGAAAUCCUCCACCAACUUUUGGGUGACAAGGAACCACAAAGUUGUCUCGCUUUGGAUCUUCUCAACAAUGAUGUGCUGUUUGAGCACAGGUUUGCUAAAGAUCAGUACAUGAAGUUCUUGCGAGAUCUCUUCAUGACACGCCGCAGGAUCAGCAAAGGUGAUGAAUUGGACAGCUUUUUCUCCCCCCUAAUUGAGCAUGUAAGAGAGAAAGAGUGUCCAGAUAAAGCUAUUGAGCUUCUCAAGGCGGCUUACAAGCGUUUUCAUGAGGAUGCAUUUUUUGCUCAACAACUGGCUCGACUCAAUUACAAACAUGACAGAUUUGAAGAAGCAGAACAGUGGGCAAAAACUGCAGUAGCAAAAAGACCGAACAAUUCCUACUUUCUUGAUACCAAAGGUCAGGUGUACAGGCAGUGGUUCAUAGCAAAAUUUAAAGCCAUGAAGCAAACUGAAAAAACACCUGAAAGUAUAGUAGGCACUGUGGAAACGGCACUAAAGGCUAUUGAAUGUUUUCAGGAAUGUGAGAAGGCAGCAGUUGAAGACAAUGACACCAUUAACAAUGCUGGCUUUUUUGGAGUAGUAGAAGUAGGAUCCGAAUUGCUGAAGCUAAUUUCCUCUCUUGAUGUGUUCUCAAGAAGAAAUCAUUCCCAAUGCAUUAAAUACCUCCUCUCAGGUUAUGUGCCUGCUGAGGUAGAAAUACCAUGGGAAAAUUUUCAUGGGAAGCUGAAAAAUCUACAAAAAAUAAUGCUGGAGGCUCUGGAAUGGAUUUCAGAAGACUUGAGUUACUUCCAGACUGACCUGAACACAGAUGAGGAGAAGACAUCUGAGACUGUUGAGAGGACCACAAAGCACCCCAUGCACUGGCUGGUGAACAAGUCUUCAACUUAUGGUAAAUACUUUAGUGGUGUUUCUCAAAGUAAAGAUCAAAACCAAGGGAAGUUAACGCCUGUCAUGAAACGCAUGAUGAUUUAUCAUCACGGUGGGGGAAACAUCACAACCAUUUUUUCCCUCCUAACAAACCAGAAAGUUUGUUGUGGUCCUAACAAACCAGAAAGUCCUGUCAUGGUUCUGGAGCAAAUUAUUUCACUUUACCCAAGCAAUCCAAUGGGGGCGCAAAUGCCACAAGCGGACCUUGUCCACUACAUAGCAUCACACUUUGCUUUAAGUUGCCUCUCAACUCAGUCACCCAAGCUAGCUGCAUUUAAGGAUCUACAAAGUCUGAGUGAACAGUUUCCUAAAGAGAAACAGAGAUGCUUACCAAGUGCUCUUUUCUUGCUCGUCUUACUUUUCUGGCCAGAAGAGCAGGACACAGAAGUGGAUAAAGAACGCAAGUAUAAGACUGUGCUCUCUGCUGUUGAACACCUCCAGAGACUCUAUGACAAAAAAUUGAAAGACAUCCCGCCAAGGAAAAAGAGGAUCUACACUCAUUUCUUCCUGAGCAAUGGGACUGGGUUUGAAAAAUUUGUCCACAAGAGCUGGACGGAGGAUGAGAAGGUAUUUCUGGAGGGUCCCAAAGGAAUGAAAUUUCAUAUCCCAGCUCUGAAGACAUCCUCAGUACCCCACAAUAAUGAGAAUGUCACUUUUUACCUAGGCUUCACUCUGAAAGGACCUGUUGCAUACAACAUUACAGUACAAACAUAGACAAAUGUAGGUUUAGGGUAGAUUAGGCAGAGAAUACGUCUUAAAUGCAAAUGAAUUCUCAUCCAAAAAGAAAGGCAUUUAGGGCUGAGAAAAUACUUAAUUUAGCGUGGUUGGUAACAUAUAUUUUGUAUGUAAUUUACUGAAAUUUUACACCUCUCAGCUGUCAGUAAAACUUUAAAUGUGAGAAAUUGUUGAGAUAUUGGGAGAUAUGUGUAAUUCUUUUUUUUUUCUGGAUUUGACCAAAAACUGAUUCUGGGGAACCUAAUAAGGAUGGAGGGCUCU